AUGAUCAACAUUUUAUCGCUGUUGCUAUUCUGGCUCCAAUGUUUUAGCAAAGGAAAUGCCAACUACGCUUCUAAGGCCCACGAGGUUUUUGAGAAAAUAUUUGUAGGGUAUAAUAGGCAUAUAAGACCAGUUCGAAAUUUGUCUAUAACUACAGUGGUUUUCAUGGACAAUAGCUUGCGAUCUAUCCUCCACACCGAUGAAGUUAACCAAGUGCUGGUGCUGAAGGAAUGGUUGAGAAUGUUUUGGAGAGACGAGUUCCUUACUUGGAACCCAGCGGACUACGACAAUAUCACCGAGAUCAAAGUUCCAAGAAGUUUGAUUUGGCUACCUGACGUUAUAAGAAUCGAUGUGCUAGACCAAUCCCAACUUAUGGACGACGACCGCAGUUUUGUACUAUUAGACCAUACAGGCUUCAUCAGACAUUCAGUGGAUCAUGUGCUUAAAGUGUUUUGCAACUAUAAAAUCACUAUGUUUCCCUUUGAUCAACAAAAUUGCACUAUCCACUAUGAGCCAUGGCAUUCCACUUUAAAGGAGGUUUUUAUCGAAGUGCAUCCCGAACCUGACAUCAAUAAUUAUCGUCCCAGUAAUGAAUGGGACCUAAUUUCCUACAAAUCCCGAACAGGCAUUGGUUCAUACCCUCCUAUCCUAUCCGACUCCACCUCUCGUGCUUAUUAUGAUAUUGUUAUCAAGAGAAGGCCUCAUUAUUAUGUAGCGUGCUUCAUGCUGCCAUGUUUUAUUAUCAUGGAACUUUCAUUACUUGGUCUUUUCUCUCCGUCAAAUGAUAGUGGCGAACACAACGAAAAAGUUACGAUGGGACUUACAAGUCUGCUCUCAAUGUCAGUGCUGCUGCUAAUGAUAUCGGAUAAUCUGCCCAAGACCAAUGACGGUUUGCCACUUUUGGGGUUUUUCGUUCUCAUGGAAAUUCUUAUUGGAGCGUUAGCAACUGCAACAACGGUCUACAUAUCACAUCUGCAAAGCAGCUGGCGCCAUGACAAAAAAGUACCAGAUUGGCUUUUGGCGCUGGGCCAUUUUCAAAUUUUUGCGGGAAGAUUGAAGCAUAUGGAUUCGGAGAAAUUUACGGAAGAUUUCUGUCAUACUGAUUCGCUUCUCAAAAGGGACUCCAUUGCAAGAAGUCAGAUACUUGCACGAAUUGGCAAUUUUGAACAAAAUGUGAGCAUGAUUUCAAGGAACCUGCAAAAGAAAGCAGCGCAGAAACGCCUACGGAUGCGAUGGGUCCAUGUUUGCGAAAGAAUUGAUAGUUUACUACUCGUCGUUUUCCUCACAGUUAAUACAUUCUUUUUCGUAUCUAUCUUACUGACUGGAUAUCUUUCAAAUUGA